UCUAUACCACAACGAAUCGGCAUCGAUAUAAUUCCAAUCUCCGCGAAAAAAUAUUGUUGGCUCCAUUAUCUUGUGCUGAGUUUCAUGUCUCCCGGGCGUCUCCCAACCUCAAACCCUCAUUCUCCACGUACAGCCUUAAACCCGCAAAUUGACCAACAACAAAUUGCUUCAGGGAUGGCCUCCGCAUUUGAUAUUAAUUCCCUAUUCAGGGUCGAUGGUAUGGUUGCCGUCAUCACGGGCGGCGGAACGGGCAUCGGCCUAACAAUGGCUCGCGCCCUAGCCACAAACGGCGCACAAAGGGUCUACAUCCUCGGCCGGCGCCUCAACGUCCUCCAAGCCGCAGCCGCCGCUACCCCGGGCCUAGUCCCCCUGCAAUGCGACGUGACCUCCAAGGACUCGCUGCAAGCCGCCGUGGACCGGAUCACGGCCGAGACGGGGCACAUCAACCUCCUCGUAGCCAACUCGGGCGUCGGCGGCCCGCCCAACCGCUGGGACCCCAACCUCUCUGUGCGCGACCUCCGACACGCCCUGUUCACCUCGGUCGCCCCCUCGGCCUUCACCGCCGCCCUGGACGUCAACGUCACGAGCGCCUUCUUCACCAUCACCGCAUUCCUGGAGCUGCUCAACGCCGGGAACGGGCGCGCCGUUGACGGCGAGAGCGGGUCCUUCGGGGGCCCCGGGCUCGGUUCCGUCGGCGGCGGCGACGUGCAGGCCGUGCAGAGCCAGGUCGUCAUCACGAGCAGCAUGGCCGCGUUCAGCAGGGUGAGUUUGUCGCCGCCGGCGUACGCGGUGUCCAAGGCCGCGGUGGUGCAGAUCACGAAGCAGGCGAGCAGCAUGCUGGCCAAGCAUGGGAUCCGGGUUAAUGCGCUUGCCCCUGGGUUGUUCCCCUCCGAUCUGGCGGCGGGUAUGAUAGGGGACCGCAAGCCGGAGCUGGAGCCGUACGGCGACCCCAAGUUUAUCCCCGCGCGCCGCUUCGGCGGUGACGAGGAGAUGGCGGGGACGAUUCUGUACCUCGCCAGCCGGGCGGGGUCGUACUGCAACGGUCUCGUGCUGCUUAUUGACGGGGGCCGGUCCGCCGUGAUGAGCUCAUCCUACUGAUAGGCGAAGGUGGUCUCUCGUGCCCCCUGCCUUGGGCAUUGGCGGGAUCUAAACUGAGUGGGAUCAUACUCAUUUAACGGUCAAAGGGUAGGAAAACGACUGGCAUUGUCCAUCCAAAACGGGAAUACAUGAGGUAGCCUCUAGAUACAGGUAUUGGAUACAACAAAAUCUAUUUUGAAACAAAGC